CCUCCAAAUUCUUUCUCUUUUCUUUUGACCCCGAAAAACACCCCUUUUUUUCUUUGGUGUGUUUUCUUUUUCUCUCUCAAUGGAAGAAGCUACCCCAGCCAAUCAGCCCCACACCCAGAUCGAAAUCAAGCCCCAAAGCGAAGAAGCACCGCCACCAAUCUCCCCCUCCUUGGGCAACAACCACCCCGAAAGCAUUAAUCAGCCAGAAGGAAGAUUUCCGUUCUUCAAGUCACGUUACCGCCAGAGGUCAUCGGACACAUGGCUCAUUUCUAUCUUCGUCAUCCUCCACCUCCUGGCUUUUAUAACCACCAUGCUCUUCAACUAUUUCUCGCUCGGCAGUGCUCUGUUUCAGCCUCUCUCUGAGAAUCCCCUGCUCGGUCCCUCUGCUUCCACUCUAGAAAAAGUUGGGGCACUUCAAAGGGCAGAUUUGGCUCAGAACCACCGAACUUGGCGUCUCUUUGUGUGUCCCUGGUUACAUGCUGGGGUCAUACACUUUGCCAUCAACAUCAGCUGUAUAAUCUUUGUUGGAAUUCAUUUGGAGCGAGAUUAUGGACCUUUGAGGAUUGGGAUAAUCUACCUACUAUCUGCAUUUUUUGGUAGCUUGGUAUGUUCACUUUUUGUUCGAAAUAGUCCUGUGGUUACUUCUUCCGAUGCUCUGUUUGGAUUACUUGGAGCUAUGCUUUCUGGGAUUAUUCGGAACUGGAAAGUAUACACAAACAAGGUGCUUCACACUCUUCUCCUUGUGCCUGCUUAUGUCUAUAUCCAACUGACCUUGUAUUUUACCGAUCCCUGCUGUGGUUCAUUGCAGUGUGCAGCUCUAGCAGUAGUUUUCAUAGUAUUUGCGAUCAAUUUCCUCCUUGGUCUGCUACCAUACAUUGACAAUUUUGCAAAUAUUGGAGCUUUUAUGUCAGGAUUUCUACUCGGAUUUGUGUUUUUGUUCACCCCUCAGAUUAGACAAUUGUCUAAAAACAAAGCAGGCCUUUUUGAAUAUAGUGUCAAAAGUUCCAUUAACUUGAAGCAGAAGCUGAAGCCGGACAGGCCCAUUCUGAGGAGCGUUUCUCUUCUACUGUUUAUUAUUCUACUUGUUGGAUGUCUUGAAGCAGUGUUCCGAGGCAUUGAUAUAAACCACUAUUGCGGAUGGUGUACAUUCAUUGAUUGUAUCCCUAGCAAAAGAUGGAACUGCAAUGACAGAACAAAUGCAUGUGAGAUAAUGACGAGCAACUCAGACUUGACAUUGACCUGUUUGCGAAACGGCAACUUCAGGGUACUCCCUUCCACUAACAUUUCACAGGCAAGGAUAACAGACUUGUGCUCUAUGAUAUGCUGAAAGACUCAAAAUAACAGUAUCAAGUCAAAUAUGAACUCACUGAGGCAAAUGACCAAAUUGCUUGUUGGACAUAUGGCUGGAAUGUCCAUUGUGUUUUCAAGACUAUGCUCAUGACACAUCAAGCGGCUUUAAAUGAUAGAAAUUUUUGAGGCUAACUGACACGAAUUGAUUGCUUCUGCUAAUUCGCUUAAAAUGUGAUGCUUCAUUCAGUAACAGGAUUUUUAGGUGUUGAUCUGUAAAUGUGAAUGUUGCAACUAAAGAAUUUUCUUAGAAAGUGAAGCCACGCCUGUUCUUUUUUUCUUGAA